GGCCAUACUUCUUGGGUUUCAACAUUAUAUUGUGAUGCUCGGUACAACUGUGCUAAUUCCCACUGCUCUUGUUCCCCAGAUGGGAGGUGGCAAUGAGGAGAAGGCAAAAGUUAUUCAAACUCUACUCUUUGUAGCUGGAAUUAACACAUUGCUGCAGACUCUGUUUGGAACUCGAUUGCCUGCAGUAAUUGGAGGGUCUUAUGCUUAUGUUGCAACAACCAUCUCUAUUAUUCGUGAUAGCCGUUACAGUGAUGAGCCAGAUCCCACAGAGCAAUUCAAGAGGAUAAUGCGGGCAACCCAAGGUGCUCUUAUUGUUGCAUCAACUCUUCAAAUAGUACUAGGUUUUAGUGGGCUUUGGCGUAAUGUUGCAAGGUUCUUGAGUCCACUUUCAGCAGUUCCUUUGGUAUCUCUUGUUGGUUUUGGGCUUUACGAGCUCGGCUUUCCUGGGGUUGCUAAAUGUAUAGAGAUUGGACUGCCGCAGCUCAUAUUGCUAGUAUUUGUUUCACAGUUUGUACCACAUGUUCUACAUGCAGGAAAACAUGUCUUCGAACGGUUCACUGUUUUAUUUACAAUUGCAAUUGUGUGGCUAUAUGCCUAUCUGCUCACUGUUGGAGGGGCUUACAAUCAUGCUGCCCCUAAAACACAAGGAACUUGCCGUACUGAUCGUGCUGGUUUAAUAGAAUCUGCCCCAUGGAUACAUGUUCCAUAUCCAUUUCAAUGGGGAGCCCCUACAUUUGAUGCAGGUCAAGCAUUUGCCAUGAUGAUGGCAUCCUUUGUUUCCCUCGUAGAGUCCAGUGGUGCUUUUAUUGCUGUCUAUCGGUAUGCAAGUGCAACACCUUUACCACCAUCUAUUCUUAGUCGCGGAAUCGGUUGGCAGGGAGUUGCCAUUUUGUUAUCGGGAUUGUUUGGAACGGGAAAUGGAUCCUCUGUAUCAGUAGAAAACGCUGGUCUGUUUGGCUUUAACACAUAAUGGCAGCCGAAGGGUGAUGAUGAAAAGCAGAUAAUCGGCUGGUUUUAUAGAUUUCUGGUUUCAAUUCUUGGUGAGUUGAGAUGAAGCUCGUGCAUAAAGUGCUUGUAUAAUUUGAAUAUGAUAGUUUGCCUUAACAGACUAAAUCUUGUGCCUUGAUUCACAUCAACUGUAGCUAAUUUUUCUUUACCGCGGGUAAAUGGUAAAUUUGGGAGCUGUUGUUUGUCGUCCAUUCCACCUUCUAUUGUUGCUGCACUGUACUGAGCUUGUUCUUCGUCUUAAUGGUUGGUACGCUCAUUAUCAAGAGUGUUCUAAGAUAUGACAGUUCAAGCUUUGGGUUUUAGUUAUAGACUUACAUCAAACAGCACGUAAGUCUCGCACUUGUCUUCAUUAUUUGUAGGAGGUGGAACGGGCUAAGUUUUUCUUCCAAUUCUGCAACCGGUCACAGUUUUAGACAAAUUUUUAUAGCUAGGCCUUCUCCAUCUUCAUUGGUUUGUCUGUGUGGCACAGUACUUCAAUGAAUACACAGGGCUAAUAUUGGUUAUGAGUACAGUCACACCAAAGCCAGAUGGUGUACUGGACUGAUCUAUGAAUGGAGUAUGUAAAACACUGAUGGAUUUGUUCUUAGUACUUAUUGCCAUGAUUCACUAACUGACAAUUUUGUGAUACCUUGGCAGUUCAACGAUAUAAUAAUGUCCCAUUUCAAUCACAAAGCAUUUGUUGCGGGUUGCAUGGCGUAUUUCCUUGAUAACAACAGAUACAUGAAGAAGGGGGUGCAUAUUCGGAGACAGAUGAAAACAUUGGUGGGACAAGUACCAGCUCCUUCAGACUCUUGACACAAGAAGUGAGGAGUUUUUAUUCAACUGCCCGGUAUAUCACCUAAACAAACUUCCCAUCUGUGUACGUGUGGUACGCUGAACCAGAGGUCUCUGAAAGGUCGUAAUUUAUACUUGUUCUGAUAUGAGUUGGAAUCUUAUUACAGGUUAUAGUGAUAUAUGAAGCAUUCUCUUUUGCUAUAGAAUAUUCUAAAACAAUUUCAUCUCAAAAAUCAUAUGGCUUUUCAUUCUGUAAUGCUGAAUUGGCAAUUGGAUUCACUGUAUAAUGCACAUCUAAUUUAGGGUCUUUCA